AUGUUUCUGCUAUGGGCGUUGCCCGUGGUGCUGUAUCUGGUCUAUCGGUGGAGUGUGGCAACGUACGAUUACUUCGAGAAGCGCAACAUCCCGUACGUGAAGCCGGUUCCGUUUUUCGGUCAGGUGUGGUCAUUCUUCACCCAGGAAAAGCACGCAAGUGAUGUCGCUUCCGAGGGAUACUACAUGUUCCCGAACACGCGCAUCUCGGGUGUGUUUACGCUGCGUACACCGGGCUAUCUCGUGCACGAUCCGGAGCUUUUCAAGGACAUGGCUAUUCGGGAUUUCGACCACUUUACGGAUCACGUGACGAAUCUGUCAAUGGAGUACGAUCCGCUGCUGGCCCGUUCAUUGUUCUUCUCCGUCGGUGCCCAGUGGCGCCAUCAUCGUACCGGGUUGAGUCCGGCCUUUACCGGGAACAAAAUACGCAACAUGUUUGUGCUGCUGUCCAAGAGUGCCGGCGAUGCUAUGAACCGGUUGGUGGUGUUCUCCCGCGGCAAACCGUUCACGAUGGAGCUGCGUGAUCUGUACUCAAAGCUGGGCAAUGAUGCGAUGACAUCUAUUUCGUUCGGUGUCGAGGUGGACUCGCUAACCGAUCCGGAGAAUGAGUUCUUCUUGAAGGGGAAACGCCUAGCGACGGUCGAUGGCCUGCCCGGGCUGAAAUUACUCAUGAACGUGAUACUACCCGGGCUGUUCAAAUUUCUAAGACUGGGUGUGCUCUACAAGGAUGUGAACGAAUUCUACCUUGAAGCGGUUUCGACCAACAUUCGCUACCGAGAGCAGAACUACAUCAAUCGGCCAGAUUUCAUACACCUGCUACUGCAAGCGCGCAAAAACGGGCUGCACGCCGAACAAACGGAGGACGAUAAGUUCCAGAGUGCCGGGUUCUCCACGGCCGAAACACACACGGUGGAGUCGCAAAGAGAUGCCGCGAAUGAGAAUCUACAGUGGACGGACAUAGACAUAACAGCGGCCGCUGCUUCCUUCUUCUUUGGAGGCAUCGAAACCACAACUACACUGCUCUGUUUCGCCAGCUACGAGUUGGCUGUGAAUCCGGCCAUUCAGGCACGUCUGCGAGCCGAAAUAGAUGGUGCACGUGAGGAGCUAGCAGAUGGCAGAACACCAACAUACGAGAUAUUGCAGAAAAUGAAGUACCUGGACAUGGUGGUGUCGGAAACGCUACGACGUUGGACACCGUUUGGUCUUACCAAUCGGCGAUGCACCAAGAACUACACGUUCACCAACACUGAUGGCACUAAGAUCACGAUAGAAAAAGGCUUGAACUUAUCUAUUCCUCUGAAAGCAUUCCAUCUGGAUGAGAAGUUCUUCCCAGAUCCGCUCCGUUUCGACCCGGAAAGAUUCUCCAACCCGAACAACAUCAACCAAGACGCCUAUCUACCGUUUGGGACGGGUUUGCGGAACUGCAUUGGGUCCCGGCUAGCAUUGAUGCAGGCUAAAUGUUUUCUGUUCUACAUGCUGUCUAAUUUCACCAUUGAACCCGGCAUGAAACUAACCAUUCCGCUUGAGGUCGACGAAACGUCGGCGGGCAUGAACGCGAAACAUGGCUUCUGGAUGAACCUGGUGCCACGCUAUGUUUAG